CGCAGGCGUGCCAAAUGGGCUGUCAGAUGCGAUCUGGAGUAACAAGUGGAUUUGUCAUCAUCGCGCUUGGAAACACUCUCGGAACCCUUGCUGGACCAGGACCAUGGACUCAGAUACGAGCCGCGUGUCGAGCAGACCGUCUUCUCCCGAGGUCGAUGACAUCUUUAUGUCCACCCUGAAGAAGUCCGUACACGGCUUCUCCGGGGCCGUGUCCUCCACACAGAGCGACUCUCCGUCGGAGAUCCCCGGCCUGCGCGGCCUCUCCGGCAGCGACGAGGAGUCAUUGGCCCUCCGGAUGUCCAAGAAAGACCGUAAACUGCUGUCAGAGAACGAGCUGCAGUCGAUCCGCCUCAAGAUCAACAGCCGCGAGAGGAAACGGAUGCACGACCUCAACGUGGCCAUGGACGGGCUCCGGGAGGUCAUGCCCUACGCGCACGGACCGUCGGUGCGCAAACUCUCCAAAAUCGCCACCCUGCUGCUGGCUAGAAACUACAUCCUGAUGCUGAGUAACUCACUGGAGGAGAUGAAGCGGCUGGUCAGUGAAAUCUACGGCAGCAGCGGCCACCACGGCGGCUUCCACCCGUCAGCCUGUGGGACUAUGACACACGCGGGACCCGUGCCGGGACACCCGGCAGCUUCCCACGCCUCACACCCGGCGGUGCACCACCCGCUCCUCCCGCCGGCCGUCUCCACCGCCUCUCUGUCCGCGCCCGGAAUCUCCGCCGUCACCUCGGUCAGACCCCAUCACGGACUCCUCAAAGCCCCCACGGCCGGUGCAGGGCCGCUAGGCAGCAGUUUCCAGCACUGGGGCGUUGGCACCGGGAUGCCCUGUCCGUGCAGCAUGUGCCAAGUCCCGCCUCCGCAUGUGUCCAGCAUGAGCGCCGUCACCAUGCCGAGGCUGACCAGCGACUCCAAGUGA